AUGAGUCGUCCAGGUCGUCUUAACAAGGUAAUUACAUCGUCAGCUAAGAGCAGUAACACUGUGCAUUUCCCCACUCUGCAAGAACAAAAUCCUUCUACAACGGAUGAAUAUGCUGGUGAGUGUGCGAAACUAAUUGAGGCAUUUAGUGAAAGGUUCAAGGACGUGAAAAGUAAACAACAGGAGUUGAACAUCUUCGCUACACCAUUUAAUGUGGAACCAGCUGAUGUGCCUGAUAACCUGCAACACGAAAUAAUUCAGCUGCAAAGCGAUGAUGAGCUGAAAGCUAGGUACAACAACCUCUCACUGCUUGAGUUCUACAGACGUUACGUAAGUGCUGAUGAUUUUCCUAUUUUGAGGAGACAUGCACUGAAAUAUGCAUCUGUGUUCGGAACGACUUACUGCUGCGAGCAGUUCUUCUCAAAACUUACCCUGGCAAAGAGUAGACUGCGCUCCAGACUGACCGAUGCAAACCUGGAAAACCAGUUGCGAGUAGCAUCAUCAACAGUACCACCUAACAUCACGCGCCUCGCCAAAGAGAAGCAGUUCCAGCCGUCACAUUAG